CAGUCUCCAAUGUCAUAGGUUGUAAUAACACAAGGGGCCAAGUUCCAGUUGAACUUGUUUGUAAAUUGUAACAUAAUUUGUCGUAGAAAUGUCAGGGCACGGGCACAGUCACGGAGGGUGCUCAGGGGGACAUGAUCACGACCCGCCAGAUCGUGGGACAGAGUUCUCUCUAUACGCCAAGAUCGACACAGACAGAGUGGAGUGCCUGAACGAGGUGACGGACGGAUCGGGGAAGCUUGUUUUCAAGGCGUGGGAUCAGCGACUCGAUAUAGACAAGUAUGUGGAGAGUGACGAUGAGGAGGAACUGCUCUUCAAUAUCCCGUUCACUGGCAACGUGAAACUCAAAGGCAUAAUUGUGAUUGGAGGAAAUGACGACAGCCAUCCAGCAGAAAUGAGAUUAUACAAGAACCAAACCAACAUGACGUUUGACGACACGAGGAGUGACCCGGACCAAGUCUUUGAGAUGCAGCACGACACAUCAGGAAUUCUAGAGUACAAUACAAAGAUCGCACGGUUUUCGAACGUCAACCAUCUCUCCAUCCACUUCUCCAAGAAUUUCGGGGCCGAGAAAACGAUCGUGUAUUACAUCGGUCUGCGAGGUGAAUUCACUGAGGCUCACCGACAAGAGAUUAUGGUGGUCCAAUAUGAGGCGUACGCGAACCCCAAAGAUCACAAGACGUCACUCCACGAUAACGUCCAACAGCAGAUCAGUUAACCUCCAGCGUGGGAAGUCUCACCGUUCAGCCUGGACCAUCUCAGAGAGCUUUGGGAUGAUCCUCCGCGACAUCGCACAAGCCUACAGCUUCGUUUUGAUUGUUGUAUCUUGUGUCACAUUGCCACCGCAAAAUCAAAAAUGAUUCUACAACCAUGACUUCUACCACUGACCACAGCUGUAAAAAGUUGUUCCCUUUUAAAGUGUGGGGUUAUGAGAUACCCGCUGGGCAAAACUAGAAUCUCUUGUAUGAUGAUUUUUGUGGAGUGUCAAGUGGUUAACACUAAUGGACUCUUCCACUGUGUCAUAGGUAGGGUAAUGAAAAGGAAUGGAUCGAGAAUUAAAAAGUGGAGAUUCUUAACAUAUAAAUUGUUUGUAAUGUAUAUUCCAGAAUUUCUCAGGAUGGAUUGCUUGAAUUGUGGACACUGCACAGUACAAUAAGGUUUACGUGUUGAAUUUGAAUAAAAAUCUGGUACACGAGUUAUCUGACUGCACAGAACAUAACGAUUUGAACUCCCCAGACUAA